AUGAGGAGCCUGUGUGUAUCUGUACUUCUGCUGCAGUUCAUUGGGACAUCUUUAUGUCAAUUCCCUCGCCCAUGUGCCAACUCAGAGGGGCUACGAACCAAAGAGUGCUGCCCGGUGUGGGAUGGCGAUGGCUCAGCCUGCGGUGCCCUCUCAGGCCGUGGUUUCUGCACUGAGGUGCUGGUCUCAGAUGAGCCCCAUGGGCCCCAGUAUCCACACAGCGGGAUCGAUGACAGAGAGCGUUGGCCUUUAGCUUUCUUUAACCGGACAUGCCGCUGUGCUGGAAACUAUGGAGGUUUUAACUGUGGAGAAUGCAGGUUUGGUUACUGGGGUUCAAACUGUGCUGAGUACAGGGAAUCAGUGCGCAGGAACAUCUUGACCCUGUCAGCUGCUGAGCAACAGAAGUUUAUCUCUUAUCUGAACCUGGCUAAAAACACUGUCAGCCGUGACUAUGUCAUCUCCACAGCGACAAGAGCAGAGAUGGGUGAAAAUGGGGAGAACCCCAUGUUCUCUGACAUCAACACCUAUGACCUGUUUGUCUGGAUGCACUACUACGUGUCCCGGGACACCUUCUUGGGAGGGCCAGGGAAUGUAUGGAGAGACAUCGACUUUGCCCAUGAAUCUGCAGCCUUUCUGCCAUGGCAUCGAGUCUUCCUGCUGCACUGGGAGAAUGAGAUAAGGAAGCUGACGGGAGAUUUUAACUUCACUAUCCCAUACUGGGACUGGAGGGAUGCCCAGUCCUGUGAGGUGUGCACCGAUGCUCUUAUGGGGGGACGCAACUCGCUCAAUCCCAACCUCAUCAGCCCUGCCUCUGUCUUCUCCUCAUGGAAGGUGAUCUGUACCCAGCCAGAGGAGUACAACAACCAAGAGGCAUUGUGUAAUGCUACCGAGGAGGGUCCACUGUUGCGUAACCCCGGAAACCAUGAUCCGAACCGCGUGACUCGACUCCCCACAACAGCUGAUGUGGACUUCACUGUAGGCCUCCCCGAGUACGAGACGGGACCCAUGGACCGAUUGUCCAACAUGAGCUUUAGAAAUGUCCUAGAGGGUUUUGCCAGUCCAGAGACAGGUAUGGCAAUGUCAGGCCAGAGCACCAUGCACAACGCCUUGCACAUGUUCAUGAAUGGCUCCAUGUCCUCAGUGCAGGGUUCAGCCAACGACCCCAUAUUCCUGCUGCACCACGCUUUUAUUGACAGCAUCUUUGAGCGCUGGCUCAGGACUCACCAGCCGCUCCGGACCAACUACCCACGUGCAAAUGCCCCCAUUGGCCACAAUGAUGGUUACUACAUGGUGCCCUUCCUGCCUCUCUAUAGAAAUGGAGACUAUUUCCUAUCCGACAAGGUUCUAGGAUAUGAAUAUGCUUACCUGUUGGACCCUGGCCAGAGGUUUGUGCAGGAGUUCCUGACUCCCUACCUCCAGCAGGCCCAGCAGAUCUGGCAGUGGCUCCUGGGAGCCGGGAUCCUCGGGGCUCUGAUUGCUGCAGUCAUUGCCACACUGCUUAUUGUUGCAAGGAGGAAGUGGAAGCGUAAUCUGAGGAGGAAGAGGGCAUCGAGCUACGGAGAGAGACAACCACUACUGCAGAGCAGCUCAGAGGAAGGCUCAGCCUCAUAUCAGACUACCAUGUAACAUACACAGAUAGUGUGCAUACAGAUGUAUAUGAAUGAACUCGGGACACUUUUGGUAUUUUCAUUAAGCAAAUGAAUAAGAUGAAUCCUAGUACGGACUUCAUUUGUUAUUGAUUCCCAGCCAGUAAUAAAUCAAUUUAAAUUUUAAAGUAACAGGUGAAGGUACAGAUGAGUCAGUUCACCCAAACCUAAAAAAAACAUAUCCUCCCCUCAUGGUAUCUGGCAGCUAGUCAUUUGUGUUCUCUUUGCCUCUGAGACAUACAGUAUAGGCUACUGCUAAGACCUUUGCACUCCGAUACAAUGGAGGUGAAGUGAAUUUAAAUUGUGGGGUCAUUGCACUGAAAAAUGUCAGCAACGUGUCUUCACACAAGCACUGUCAGAUUUCACAGGUUAAAAAAAGCACUAAAAAGCAACUUUUGAUCACCUCGGUUUGCAGAGCUCUACAUCUACACACAAACUGACAGACUUUCAGGGCCAUUAUGUGUU